AUAAUAGAUUUUCGGUCGCUCCGAGCAGCACGCCCCGAGUGGCGUCAUGAGAAAUAAGAGGCUUUUGUGUCAAUAACUCCAAUAUGAGAUUUUCAUUGCAUAUUGUAGUGGUCCUCCUGGCGAUCUACCGCAUUUGCCAGGCGGACCGCUCAGUUCGAGAGGUCCCUAGUAAUUCGAACAAAAGCAUCCCAGUCUUCCGGUUCUCGAUCAAGGCCAGUCUUAACAAGGAUGAUCACAUGUAUCUGAAACGGGCAGUAACCGACCUGGGAACACAAGCCCAGGAGGCUUCACAUGAAUCCUCACCAUCAACAAAACAACGACCGCAAACCCCGCCACCCUCACCACCAACAACAGGACCCCCACCGACAACAACAACACCCCGACAACCUACUUAUCCACCACCUACAUACCUGCCACCCCCACCACCGACUAGGCCGCCGACUAGACCACCGCCAACUAGACCUCCACCUCCUCCACCACCACCUCCAACAAGACCACCUACCUUUAAAACACCACCUACAUACCUACCACCACCACCACCGACUAGGCCACCGACUAGGCCGCCUACAUACCUGCCACCAACCAGACCACCUCUACCAACUGUCGGUUACUAUUACACCAAACCACCUUCCACACUCACCUACCCGACGACUAGAAGACCUCCUCCAUAUACAGCACCGACUUAUCUUCCACCAGUGACUAGAACUACUCCUAGACCGCAACCAACCACAGAAAAAACUUACCCUCCACCUACCUACCGUCCCCCUACUACUAGGAGAAUACCACCUCCACCGCCACCGACUAGGCCUCCGACUUUAAAAACACCUCCCACAUAUUUACCACCACCUCCACCAACAAGGCCACCAAGGCCACCGCCACCUCCACCACCACCAUCAACUAGACCUCCACCCCCUCCGCCACCGCCUCCAACAAGACCACCUAUCUUUAAAACACCACCUACAUACCUGCCACCACCACCACCGACUAGGCCACCGACUAGGCCACCACCACCUCCACCACCACCGCCAACUAGACCUCCACCACCUCCAACAAGACCACCUACCUUCAAAACACCACCUACAUACCUACCACCCCCACCACCGACUAGGCUGCCCACAAGGCCGCCGCCACCUCCACCACCACCACCAACUAGACCUCCACCAUCACCUCCAACAAGACCACCUACCUUUAAAACACCACCUACAUACCUGCCACCCCCACCACCGACUAGGCCGCCGAAUAGACCACCGCCACCUCCACCACCACCACCAACUAGACCUCCACCCCCUCCGCCACCGCCUCCAACAAGACCACCUUUCUUUAAAACACCACCUACAUACCUGCCACCACCACCACCGACUAGGCCACCGACUAGGCCACCGCCACCUCCACCACCACCGCCAACUAGACCUCCACCACCUCCAACAAGACCACCUACCUUUAAAACACCUCCUACAUACCUCCCACCCCCACCACCGACUAGGCCGCCCACAAGGCCGCCGCCACCUCCACCACCACCACCAACUAGACCUCCACCACCACCUCCAACAAGACCACCUACCUUUAAAACACCACCUACAUACCUGCCACCCCCACCACCGACUAGGCCGCCGACUAGACCACCGCCACCUCCACCACCACCGCCAACUAGACCUCCACCUCCUCCACCACCACCUCCAACAAGACCACCUACCUUUAAAACACCACCUACAUACCUGCCACCCCCACCACCGACUAGGCCGCCGACCAGGCCGCCGCCACCACCUCCUCCGCUACCAACCAGACCACCUCCGCCCCCUCCACCACCACCAACCAGGCGGCCAGUAACAAAACCUCCACCAACCAGACCACCUACGACACGACCACCUCCUACGUACUCCACUUAUGGACCACCAACACGAACGACGGGCUACGACUACCCCAAACCACCUUCUCCAUUCACUUACCCGACGACUAUAAGACCCCCACCGCCUACAGCACCGACUUACCUUCCACCAGUGACUAGGACCACUCCUAGAACACCUCUCCCUACCCCGCCACCAACUAGACCCACAUUCAGAACUACAUACAAUUACCCGAAGCCUAGUACAGCAUUCACUUAUACCACUAAGACACCAGUGUACAUACCUCCUUCAACCACGAGAAUCCCCUUUACGACGCGUCCUCCUUUUAUCGACAACCAAGGUUACUUCUAUGAUCGACCCCUUGUACCUUUUGUCUUCUAAUUUAGAAAUAAGUAAAAAAAUAGUUGCCAUAAUUGUGAUACCAAACUGAACGCUAUUUGCAUUUGAAAUCGCAAGUUUUGUUUUUAAUUAAUUUGUUUUAACUAUGAUUAUAUGUACUAUAUAGGUAAAGAGUUACCUUGGUUCUAGUGAUUAUGAUAAUGUGUAUAUAUGUAUAUCAUAUAUUUUUUAAAUAAUAAUAUAGUACGAAAUACUCAAAAAUAUGCGAAUCGACACUGCCUUCGACUAAUCUUAACUUAAGAUUAAGAGUGUUUUAAUAAAACUUAUAAAUAUGAUGUUU